UAGGUAUAAAAUGUUAAAAUUAAAAAUUAAUUUCACUUUAUUUUUAGUUUUCCAUUAAAUUAAAAUUCAGGUGCGUAUUACCUUAAGUGGAGUAUAUGGGGAUUAGGAUAAACGAUGCUUUUCAACAAAUUUUUAUUUUAUUAUCUUAGAUAAUGUGCAGUGCAAAUAACGAAUUGAAGAGGCGGGAAUUAUUUGUCUAUGCGUCUAUCGACCAUUUCUAAUUUUAUUUUGUUCAACUUUUAUCCAGCUAUGAAAAAAGUUUAUCCAAUUAAAUUUAUUUUUGUGCCUCACUAAGGUGAUGAAUUAAUUGAUGGAAAACAAUGAUUAAUAAAGACCAUGCAGUAAUGAAAAAUGAAGUAUCCAUUUAAUUAUUUGCUACAAAUUGGUUAUAAUUUGUCAUUUAUACUGAUAACACUGAAUAAAAUGAUCUUAUCUCAGGAUGUUCCUGAAACUUGUAAAAACAUAAGUAUAGCUAAAGAACCCCUAAUCUCAUUAGAUGUAAAUGAUGAUAAUUUCAUAAUGGCUAAAUUAAAUUGGACUGCUUAUAAUUUGUCUAUAACUCAUAACAUUAUACAGCUAUAUGCAUAUCCCUGUAAAAGUGAUGAAACAAAAAGCGACAUCGUAGAAAUAAUCUACAAUUAUAAGUCAGAAAUUGUAUAUUCCCCAGAUAAACAUUCUCACAUAUUUUUGCACCACAAUUGCAACUACACAUUCACAAUUGAAGAUGGCGUGGACUGUCUUCAAAAAAUAGACUUCCGGAUACCCGUGUGCGUGGAAAACAACUGCUGUGAUCCACAAAGAAGCCCUGUGCAAAUAUUGGAAAUAAACUCUAUAAAAGAACAAGAAGGGAUUUAUAAUGUUUCUUUAAAUGUUAAGGAAGAAUCUGUAGAUUUGUCGAACGUUUUUUAUGUAUACCGAAGAGAAGACAGCGAUAUUUUUGAAAGAGUUAAAAUUCAUCCCAUUUUUGAAAACACUAGUCGUUUUCAGCUACUUGAGUUUAAUUUUGAGCCGGAGGAGGACUAUAGUGUAUGGUUAAAGUAUGACAAUGGUUCCUGUCAGAUUUGGUCAAAAUUUUAUUUUAAAGAAAAACGAAAUAAUUCUUUGUAUGUUAUUUUCGUCAUAGUCCUUUGCAUCCUUACAAUAUUAACAACUCUACUUAUUCUUAAACACAGAAAAUCAGUAUGGAAUUUUAUCAAAAACUUUAUAUUCUUCACAUCAACUGAGCAAAUAAGGGAAGUUCCCAUACCUUUAAGCAUAAAAUGGGCUUCAAAUAUUAUUUACCCCAAAAAAAAUGUUGAUAACCUGGACAAAUAUGAAAUUGACAGAGAUUUGAUAACUUUCGAUGAAAAAAUAGGUGAAGGUGAGUUUGGAAUGGUUUAUAAAGGCUUUGCAGCCUUAAAGCCUAGAGAAGACAUACAAGUUGUUGCCAUUAAACAAACCAAAGAGGGUGCCCCAGAAAAAUACCUACACGACUUUAAGAUGGAAAUAGAUCUAAUGAAAAAAAUCGGCAAACACGAACAUAUUGUAAACUUCCUGGGAUGUUGCAUGGAAAGUCAACCUAACCUGAUUUUAAUGGAAUAUUUGGAUUGUGGAAACCUUAAAACCUAUCUGGAAAAUCUUAGGAAAGACUGGGAGUCGAAAAAGGCAGAAUUAGAAGACACAAGACCAAAUAUAUUCUUUCCAGAUUCUAUGGCGAUUCCCAUUGAUAGUGAGAUAAGUUACACUUGUACACCCGGUAUAAGUCCAGGGGAAAGCAGUUUAAGUCCUCUGCUUUACAGUAAGAAACGUACAAGACUUGAAAGUGUGUUAACUGAGAAAAGCACUACUACCACAACAACAUAUGUGUUAUGUUCGACCCCAGACAGUAUUCUAAAACCCGAAUUAAGCGAACAAGAGCUACAUUCUUUUGCUUUACAGAUAGCAAGAGGUAUGGAAUAUUUGGAAAGCAUAAAAGUAACCCAUAGAGAUUUAGCAGCUAGAAAUGUAUUAAUCAAAUUAACAUCCAAUGAAAAACGACUCAAAAUAUCAGAUUUCGGGUUUUCAAGGGUGGGGCCUUACACUAGCUACAAGAACGAAAUCGAGCCAAGACGGUGGAUGUCAAUAGAGGCCAUAGAGAAACACCGAUGUGAUAAUAAGAGUGACGUUUGGUCUUAUGGUGUGGUUUUAUGGGAGAUAGGGACUUUAGGUGCCUUCCCCUAUGAGACCAUAGAUGACUACUCGAUACUGCCACAGUUGAAAAUAGGCGUUCGUCUAAAAAGGCCUCAAGUAUCUUCUGACAAACUCUACGAUUUAAUGAUGAGUUGUUGGUUGGAGGAUCCAAUGGAAAGACCAAAUUUUAGCGAAGUCGUUACUAUUUUAACCAUGGAACAAAUGCCUUAUAGUCUGAGCAGGAUCAACCAAGACUAUGUUUUUCCUUCUCUGAAUUAUGUACAAGUAUUAGGGACAUAGAUUAGUUUUGUAUUUUUUUAUUUUAAAUAAAGUAUUUAUUGU